UGCGGUUUGUCCUACUCACCCUGAUUGUAGUAACUUCUAGAUAUAAUGUUUCAUGCUUUUUUCUUGUAUGUUGCAAUAGUUUCCCCACUAACAUAUGGAGGUGUACCACCAGUGAGCGAAAAUAAACCCUACGAUAAGGAAACAUUAUCUUGUUAUUUCCAAGGAACGUUGUCUUUAUAUAAGGAGAAAUAUAACACGGACGGAGACAUAUGCUUCCAUUUUUACGGUAGAUUAGAGUCUGAUCCUGAGACGACCGAACUGGAACUUCAGCAAAUACAAUCCAUCGUUGGAUGUCUCAUAAUUUACAACACUCGUAUUACUCAUGCUUCUCUCAAAGAGCUUGUCAGCAUCGAGCCGGACCAGAAUUUUUGCGAGUACACAUUUGCUUUGCUCAUAUUUGGCAAUCCAACAUUGGAAGAAAUAACGUUUGCAAGUAACCUAAAAUUUGACGAAUCGAGCGUGCUCAUAAGAGCAAAUCCGAAAAUGACUGUUUUGAAUGGAAUAGACGUCUAUUAUGGCGAUAGUACAGACUGUACAGUUGCUACACUGUCUACUGCUGGUGGAUGCAAAAGUGUUAUCGGCGAUGUCAGGCUAGAACAUUUGACUUCCGAAGGUUUUGAAUAUGUUGAGGAGGUUGUCGGUACAAUUCGUAUUGAAAAUAAGGAUGUCCUCCAUCUUAACUAUCUGAAUACACUGAAUGGUCUCAGAAUUGUAGGAUGGAAGACUCCUGCAAUCACAGUUUCACAUAACAAGAAACUUGUCGAUAUCAGUGCAUUACUAACAUUAGAACUGGAAUCUGAAAGUCCUGCUAUUGAAAUUACAGACAAUCCAAGUAUAUGCCAUAAUGUAGUGGAAAGACGCAAGAUCAAAGAAUGGUUGAAGGAAAGAGGAAGUUCCAUCGAAUUCAGUGAAGAAUGCCUGAAAUCAUGUCCUGGUGGAAAAGUGACUAAAGGCUAUCUAGCAGGGCUUGGGAAACACUGUAAUUCUAUAACAGGCAAUCUGAUCAUCGACGGAUUAAAUGAAAUUCCUGAUAGCAUAGCAAAACUGGAGCAGUUAGAGAAGAUUGAAGGUUGCGUGUUUGUUACAAACAACGAAGCACUGAAGACGCUAAAUUUUCUUAAAAACGUCGUGAAGAUAAGUGGUAUUUUCGGUGGAUCUAACUCCAUGACAAAAGGAGACAGACGCCGCUUGAUAAUCCAAGAAAAUCCAAAUCUUGAGAAGAUACACUUCAACGAGAAGCUGCGCCUUGGCCCACAUGAAGCGUUUAUAAGGGUGAAUCCAAAAUUGAAAUCUGACCAUAUCACAGGAGCAAGUUUCAAUCUUGACAUAGGAGAUGCACGAGACUGCGUUGUAAGCGCUGUAGAAAACCAUAAAGACUGCAGAAGAAUGGUUGGAAUAGCUGAUUAUAAUAAGAUAAAGCCCGAUGUAUGGCAAAGAAUCGACGCAGUCGAUGGAAGCGUCCUCAUCACUCAAACGAAAUUGUUUGAUCUCGACUUUCUUAGGAGCUUGAAAAUUGUUUCGUGGUCUUCACCGGCGUUAGUCAUACAGGAUAAUGAAAAUCUUGUCGACAUCAGUGCCUUAUUAACUAUAGAAAUCACAUCGGACCCUCCAAUCAUAAAAAUCUCUAAUAAUCCUCGUAUAUGUCACAACAUUGCUGAAAGGAAAAAGCUGAAAAAAUUCCUAUGGGAAAAGGAUGCCAGCGUAAACUUUGUUGAAGAUUGCUUAAAAUCAUGUAACGGAGGACAGGUAUCAGAAACUUAUCUUGCAAACUUUGAUAAACAUUGCAACGUUAUUGAUGGCGAUUUGUAUAUUAACGGACUAACUAGUAUCCCAGAUGACAUAACAAAACUGGAGCAAGUUGAAAAGAUUGAGGGUCGAGUAUACGUCACAAAUAAUGAAGCACUGGAGGCACUUACUUUUCUUAAAAAUGUUGAGAAGAUUAGUGGCCGCUCUAGCUCUGCGGAUAAGGUAGACAGGCGCAAAUUGAUUGUUCAAGAAAAUUCAAAUCUUUUAAAGGUACAAUUCAGCACUCAACUGCGCCUUGACCCUAACGAAAUUUUCAUAAGAUUGAAUCCAAAAUUGAGAUAUGAACUUAUCAAAGGAGCAAACUUUCGUUUUGAUAUCGGAGAUGCAAAUGACUGUAGUGUAAGAGCUGCGAAGAAACAAAAAAAGUGCAAAAGAAUAAUUGGAGACGUCGAGUAUAAUGUGAUGGAUCCAGAGGUGUGGAAAAGGAUAAAAGCUGUUGAUGGGAGCGUAUCCAUUACCCAUACAAAGCUGUCCAGUCUCAAUUUUCUCAGGAACUUGAAAAUUGUUUCGUGGUCACCACCAGCGUUAGUCAUAGAAAAUAACGAAGACCUCGUCGAUAUCAGUGCUCUUUUGACAGUGGAUCUUGCAUCACUUCACCCAGUCAUUAGAAUUUCCAAUAAUCCUCGUAUAUGCCAUAAUACUGUUGAAAGGCAAAAACUGGAGACGCUUUUGAAGAAAAAUCGUGUCACAAUUAGUUUCGCCAAUGACUGCUUGAAAUCAUGUCGUGGAGGAAAAGUGUCGGACAAAUACCUUGCAAAUUUUGGUAAACAUUGCAACGUUAUUGACGGCAACCUAGUCAUCAGCGGACUAAGUAAAUUGCCUGAGCAAAUCAACAAACUUGAACAAGUGGAGAAAAUUAAUGGAAGACUCAUUGUUACCAACAACACGGCUCUGAAAGAUUUGGAGUGUUUGAGAAAUCUGAAAGAAAUAAACAACAAGGAACCUGACAAGCCUGGACUUGUUGUCAAGGACAACAAAAAUUUUGUUCAGAAGGGACUGUACUCACUACAGAAGAUCACCGGGAGUGAGUCAAAAGUUACGGCUGCUUCAACUGCACAUGCAACAAGAACAUAUACAACAACGCAACAUGCAACAAGAACAUAUGCAACAACGCAACAUGCAACACAUAGUAAGCGACAACAAACAAGCAUUACCGUCACACUUGCAAGAUCUGAAGCAAAAAAGCGUACGAGUGCAACUACAACUGCACAAGAGAUCACCAUAAGUAGAUCUCGGUCACUAAAUGGAUCGAAGGAAAUUGACCGAAAAGAGCAAUCCAGUAAGGAAAAAUUGGGUAAGGAAACACGUCUAGCAUCAUACAUUACGGUACCUCGGCUUGCAGCGUUUGUGUUGCUGCUAUGUUUCGCAGUGAAGAGGGUUCAGACUAGCAGCGCUAAGCAUCAAGAAACAGAAAAAUAG